UGGGCCCCCCAUUGAAGACGGGCCAAAUACUCUCAAAAUACUUGUCACCUCUGAUAACCACCUUGGUUACAAGGAUGGUGAUGUGGUGCUUCAAGACGACUCAUUCGUAACAUUUAAAGAAAUUCUGGAUGUUGCUGAGCAAAAUAAAGUAGAUAUGAUUCUACUGGGUGGCGAUCUUUUUGAUAAAAAUCAGCCGCCGAAACAUGUUCGACAUCGAUUGAUGAUUUUAUUACAAGAAUAUGUUAUCGGGGAUCGAUUUAUUGAUUUUGAAAUUAUUGCUGGAACCAAGAGUGUCUUGUCAAAAGAGAAAGCCAACUUUGAGGAUGAAAAUAUCAAUAUCAAAAUGCCAAUAUUUGCAAUUCACGGAAACCAUGAUGAUCCAACCGGACCGGAUUCCAUAAGCGAACUCGAUAACCUUGCCGAAAACAAGAUGAUAAAUUACUUUGGCCGAACAGAGACCCUCGAUAACAUCGUGGUUCGCCCGCUUCUUAUUAAAAAAGGGGAUACGCGCGUAGCUCUUCAUGGUCUGGGAUAUAUACGUGAUCUGAGGCUGAUGCAGUUAUUUGAGAAGCGCGAGUUUAAGCUGGGAAGACCAAAAGACUCUGAUCAAUGGUUUCACUU